AUGUCUGCAGAAACGGAGAAUGCAUCGCUAAUGAGUGUACACAUAACGGAAAAACCUAUGCCGUGGGAACGCGUUUCCCCAGGGGUGAUGGCUGUAAAUUCCUGUUUCUGUGACGCUCCAAACAGCGUGGGCUGUACGGAGGUUUACUGUCCUCAUUGCCAGUACAACGGUAACAUUUACAAGCCCGGGGAUAGUUUUAACUCUACAGACGGAUGCAACACGUGUUCGUGCUCAGAAAACGGACAAGUGGCCUGCACUGAGAUGGCCUGUCUACCAGGUCCUGAUUGCCAGUACAACGGUAACAUUUACAAGCCAGGGGAUAGUUUUAACUCUACAGACGGAUGCAACACCUGUUCGUGCUCAGAAAGCGGACAAGUGGCCUGCACGCAGAUGGCCUGUCCAAUAGAUCAAAAUAGAGGUUAG